AGCCAGGAACAAAGAAAGCAAAAUAUAGGUUGAAAAACAUAUCCAGUUGCCUGAGACAAGGGCCAAAUGUAUUGCAAAAAUUGCUUUGCCUAUUCGGAGAAGAAUAGUUCAAAAUCAGAAAAGCAUUUGACUCAACUGAAGAAGUGCAAGCAGCAGUAGAAUAAGAAAGACUACAUAAGCACCACAUUCUGCUAGAUAUAACAGAGGCUGUCCAUUUGACCAUCUCAGUAUAUUCCAUCAUUUUUGCCAUCCACUUCUCCACUGUGGCAUUAAAGAUCCCUCCAGAAGAUGCUGCAGCUACUCGUUGCCCCAUGAAUAACUGCAUAGAAAAAAGCACAGUCUUAAGAUGAAUAUCAAUUUCCGACAACAACCUGAGCUUCUUAUGAACAAAGGAAAUGCCGGGAAAAGGUCAAAUGAGCCCGUGCAAAGAGCAGGAACUUAUUUUGUUUGUAGACACUCUCCACAUCCCAAAAAUGUAUGUCACAUUAAAGGAUUAAAUGAUGUGCCUGUCUGCUUUGUACGAGACCGAGGAUAUAAUGAAGGACAUUUCACCAUGCCAGGCCCAGCAUACAGCCAGCCUUACAGGCCUGUUAGAACUCCAGCAGAUAAGAUUUUUCCCAAUAAUGCUUUGCCAAGCCUGAUACCAGAGGGAGACGGAGCAAAUCUUCCACAUCUUACUAAGGAUGAAUUUGCAGAGCUAAAAAAUCAAGCAGGAAACACUCCUCUCUUAAAGAGAAAGGAUGAACCUCUGACGAAAUACUUAGGAGACCAUCCACAAAGUAGGACUUCUCGGGACCUCCAUCUUUUCCCUCUCCCGAGAAUGCAUCAUAAAGAAAACUUCAGGGAAAAUAUUAAUUAUGUUCCAAGCUAUCUGGAUCAAGAAAUAAAAGUCCUGGAAAAACUCUGUGACAUUUUACAGACAGAUACCCUUGGAGGGAUCCAAAAGUGGUUAUUAAAGGCAAGUGUGAAAGAGAAAGAGUUUGUAUCCAAUUUCAUACGCUCAGAUAUGACCGGCCGUGAUCUGUUGAAUUAUAUGCCAACAGGCCAGAUUGAAAGUGAAGUUCCAAACAUUCAGGCUUUGCUGAGAGGGCAAAAAGGAACACCUAAUGAAGGUAGCCGUAUCAGGACUUCAAGCCAAGGAUCACUAGCCAGUAAAGGAUCAAGACCAGAUACAGAAAAAAGUAAUUUAUUUGCAAAGAGAGGGAAAAUAGAAGACAAUGCACCACUAGAGGAUCUUCCCAGCAGUUCUGCAAAACACUCAAGUGGCCCUCAGUCUCCUUUUUUGACCCAAAACAGCACCCAGUUUUUAUACCGCAAGGCUCGCUUUAGAAAAACUUAAUUCAGGAAGAAUUCUUCACACCUCUUUCCUUUCCUGAGAGUCUCUGAAAACGAAAAGGGCAUUUUCUUAGAGGGCUGUGUGUAGUAAAUCUCUGAUGGUGACAUCCUGAUCUAAGUCCAAAUCUAAUCUAAGCCCAAAUAAUACAGUGAACAAAUAAUGAAAAUGCUAAAUACAUUUUAUUUGUCUUUGUAAGAGUUCACAGCUGAUGUUUAAAAUUUGUACCAGACGUAACUGACAUUUCCAUUAUGUCAGAAUACAAAUAAUGAAGUAAUUUAUUUACUUAUAACUUUCAGAAUUUUAAAUGCACUUUUCAUUGAGAAUUAACUCCAAGAAAGAUAUUAGUCUGGAUUUAACCACGUAAAUUAUCCUGUUUUGACCAUUUAAAAUUGAUUAUUUUGUUUUCUGCUAAUCCAAGAAACCUUUUGCUUCAUCUAAAGAUGUUGUUUUAACUGUUAGAUUUUAUAUUUUCAACAACAGAAAGUCAACAAUUGCAUGCUUAUUCAUUUCUCCUUUCCAGCAUUUCAUGGAAGAAUAUUGGUUCUACUGUAAAGCUAUCUUAAUAAGUGAUAGUUUUCGAUGUGCCCAUAAUAGUAUCUCAUCAGUCCCAAAAUGGGAUGUGCAGACAUGGCCUGAACAUUUCUACUUUUUUUCUGGAGUGGCUCAGUGGAUUUCAAGAGGCACCACUUAAUGAUACAUCAAUUUUGAUGUAUGCUGUGUACAUCUUUAGGAGAUGAAAGGCAGCUUAGGGAAGAGAAUGAAAAUAGUAGUACUCUUUGGACAGAAAGAAUUUUAACAGUCUUCUUACUAAAUCAGAUUGUAUGUUUGUGGAGAAGUCCAAAUCAACAAGCUUCCUACUCAAGAGAAUUAUGGCUUCUGCAAAAGCAUACCAUAGCACAGGGAAAGUAAUUGGUAGUUUCAAAUUCUAGCUAAGCUCCUCAUAUCCCAGAGCUUCACUGUGAAUCCUUAUUUCUUUAAGAAGAGUAUCACUGCAAUGGAAUAUACCAGUGAUGGCGAAUCUUUUAGAGACUCAGUGCCCAAACUGCAACACAAAACCCACUUAUUUAUCACCAGGUGCCAGGUGAGCAUGGCCACGGUGAUCAUGGCAGAUUGGGUGGGCAGG